CCUGCCUGUCACUAUUAUCUUUACCACGCUCUGCAGCCCAUUACUUCCGACGCACUCUGUACACGUUCCCCGUGGAUUGUCGCUGCACAGUACGUACCACUGACAGUGCUGGCGUAAACGUGGCCGCGCGGUACAUCGGCAAAGAUGCUCCGUCGUACCUGCAGGUAAAAAAAAAAAAAAAAAAAGCAAGGGGGUGGUCCGACAGCAGCAUGCCCGACUACUACACGACCACUAUCAGCGGGAGGUGAACGCGCCCGUCCGAAGAUAGGAAAGGAAGGAAAGGGGGUUGGAAAGAUAAGGGUGUUUGGGUGGGUAUUGGUGGUGCGCGCGUGUGCAUGUGCUUGUGUGUCUGUGAGCGCGGUGUCGGAAAUAUUGUUACGGGGCAUGAGUGCGCGGGCCCGGCUAUUACUACAAGCUAAAAGAAGAGGCAGAAGGAGACGACGGGAGGAGCGAGGUUGGCUAUUGUUGUCGUUGGAGCCGCAACAACAGCAACGACGACGAGGUCCUCGUCAAGGCUGGCGGCCACCGAAGUCGCCGUAGAGGCAGCGCGGCCAGCAGUCACUCCGCUCGAUGAGGGCAGCCGGCUGAUGGAUAUCUUCUCGGAGAGGCGCAGUGCCGAAGGCGAGGCCAAGAUACUGACUGAAGCGGAAGAGCUCAGAAUGGGUUCCUGCGGGGUGUACCUGUCCCAGCUGCGAGCCAUGCUCGUCCGGAACCUCCUCCUGAAGAAACGAGAGAAGCGAAAGACCACGGCGGAGAUAUUUCUGCCCCUGUACAUCCUUGGAAUACUAAUUGUGGUCAAAGUUUUGAUACCCAAUCCAAAUUACCCCGCAAUCACAACUCAGAGGCAAGAGACGAGCGACAUUUUCGAGUUUUUUAGCAGUUACAAAAACAACACGAUAGCCGUAGUGCCCAAUUCGACGGAAACUAUUAAUUUUUUAAACUCAAUGAACUCCCUGUGGAUGUCGAUGUUGGACUACUCGAACAAGCACCCCCUGAAUUUUCUCGUUUUCGAGUCGAAGGACGACUUACAAGCCGCCUAUUGGAGGGAGCCCAACAGCAUACCGAUGGCGGUCAUCUUCGAGGACCCUCAGCCGAUUUCUAGUCGUUUACUAUACGAGAUAAGGACGAAUCCUUCGUACACGUCGCCUCCGUCGCCGACCGAAAUGUAUUCCUCGCCGGUGACCUGCCGCAAAGACACCAGCCACUGGAUGAGCGGUGUACUGUCCAUAGAGACCGGCGGCUCGUGUCCCGUCAACAAUUAUUUUUUAUCCGGCUUCAUGGCCCUGCAGCUGAUGAUGGACACUACGAAAAUUAGACUGGAUACCGGUAAUAACGACAUCACCGUGCCGGACAUUAAACUCGAGAUGUUUCCCAAGGAAGCGUACACAGCAGAUUGGAUGCUCGCCUUCAGGGUUGUGAUUCCUUUGUACAUGGUGCUGGCCUUGUCGCAAUUCAUAACAUAUCUACUGAUACUGAUAGUCGGCGAGAAGGAGAACAAAAUAAAGGAGGGCAUGAAGAUCAUGGGCCUCAACGACUCGGUCUUUUGGUUAUCGUGGUUCAUCAUUUACGGAGCUUUCGUACUGUUAUUGUCGGCCGUUGCCGUCGUUCUACUCUUCACCUUGCAAAUGUUCCAGCACACGCACUUCCUGCCUAUAUUCCUGCUGGUCGUGCUCUACAGUUUUUCCGUCAUCAUGUUUGCCUUCAUGAUAACGCCCUUUUUCGACAAGUCACGCACCGCUGGUGUGCUGGGCAACUUUGCGGUGACGAUUCUGAGCCUCAUGUACUUCAUCCAGGUGUUUGUCGACGACUCGAGCUCCGUGGCCUUUUGGAUCGUAUCGUUACUCAGUCCUACGGGGGUCGCUCUGGCUAUGGACAAGGCUCUCGUCUUGGACUUGCAAGGCGAGGGCGUGAACUUUGACAAUCUGUGGUCCGGCCCCGGGAUCCCGUUCGGCGGGAGCCUCAUAAUGAUGACCCUGGACAUAUUUCUGUACGGUUUGCUGGCCUACUACCUCGACUCGGUCAUCCCAAGCGAGUACGGAGUGAAACGACCGCCGUGGUUCUGCUUCACCCUGGGCUUCUGGUGCAGGAGGAACAAGGCACCGAGAGUAAGUUCGAAAGAGCGCGUUAAUAGCACCGCGACCGCGACCGUAGACGCGUCGUCCUGCACGACCGAGCACUCUGCGCACCAUCAGGCACUUAAGCCGACGAUACGAAUAGCUGCUACUGAUGAUAAUUGCCAGACGUCGAGCGGCGGAGGCGAGGGUGGCACCAGCGUGGGCGUUGGGGCAGCCGGCAGCACGAAUAGCUUCGAGCCGAGCCACAACUCGUUCACCGGCGGCGAGGAGGCGAACCGCGACGUCGAGCCGGUGGUGCGCGAGAUGAAGGGCCGCGAGGCCAUCCGCAUCGUCGACCUGUACAAGUCGUACAGCAAGUGCCGGAGGCCCGAGGUCAAGGCCGUCAAUGGCAUCAACCUGACGAUCUACGAGGGCCAGAUCACGGCGAUCCUCGGCCACAACGGGGCCGGCAAGACGACCCUCUUCAACAUCCUGACGGGCCUGACCUCGCCCACGGCGGGCACGGCCCUCAUAUUCGGCUACGACGUGCGCGACUCCAACGACAUGCACAUCAUACGCAGCAUGACCGGGGUCUGUCCCCAACACGACAUACUCUUCGACUUGCUCACGCCCCGCGAGCACCUCGAGUUCUUUGCCGCGGUCAGGGGAAUACCGCACGGCACGAUCGAGCACGAGGUAAAAAAGACCCUGAAGGACAUAGACCUGCUGGAGAAGGCCGACACGUUCGCCAAGUACCUGAGCGGCGGCCAAAAGCGAAAGUUGUCGGUGGGCAUAGCCAUAAUCGGCGAUCCCAAGAUCAUAAUCCUCGACGAGCCAACUGCCGGCGUCGAUCCGUACUCGCGACGGCAGAUGUGGUCGUUCCUACAGUCACGCCGUCACGGCAAGGUCAUACUCCUCACGACCCACUUUAUGGACGAGGCGGACAUACUGGCCGAUCGAAAGGCCGUCGUUAGCAAAGGCAAGCUCCGCUGCUGCGGCAGCUCGCUAUUUCUCAAAAACAAGUUCGGGAUUGGUUACCACCUCACUCUCGUGCUGGAGGGAAACCCCAAGGAGGGCAUCAUCAGCCGCAUGGUGUCCCAGCACGUGCCCAAGGCCGAGAAGGCACGGAGGCACGGGCGCGAGCUGAGCUUCAUCCUGCCGCACAACUCGGUGGAGAGCUUCGCGGCCCUGUUCUCGGCGAUCGAGGACGAGAUAAGGACGAGGAAGCAAAAAUUGGGCAUCAGCAGCUACGGGGUGUCGAUGACGACCCUGGAGGAGGUGUUCUUGCACCUGGAGAAGGAUGAGGAGACCGAGUGCACCAUGGACAAUCUGUCGAAGAAGAUGGUGCGCAAUCGGGCGCUAGGCCGGUCACUCUCCCUACAGUCCAAGAGCGCGUCCUACCAGAACCUCCAGAACGAGGGCGUCAACGUCAUGCAGAGCGAGGCACAGAUCAAAGCAGGUUCGAACGACACACUGGACGGGGGCUCGCAGAACGACAAGAGCCCGACAAUCCUCGGCUUGGGCCUCGAUCCCGUGAAAAUCGAGCCCAAGAUCAUGCAAACGUUCUGCGCGAUGCUGCGACUCCGCGUGCUGCGCUUCUUCCGCAACUACCAGCAGCUGUACUUCACCAUUGUCGCGCCCCUCGCCCUCGUCGUUCUCGGCCUCUACCUCAACAGCAUACAAACCGUCGAGAUCAAGAUGCAGAGCCUCGAGCUAAACAAUGACAGCUACGGGGACGACACGCGGGUGAUGUACAUAAACAGCACCGGCCGGGAUCUGUCGGGUCUGGUGGGCAACGUCAAUAGGAUGGUGGGUCCCAUGGACGAGUACGACGGUACGUUUGCGAAUUUGCUGCGCCGCGCUCCCCACAUGGCUGUGCUGAAUGUCACCGGCUACAACGCCUCGAGGAUGAACCUCACGGUCAUGUACAACGACACGAUGCAACAUUCGUUGCCUAUUAUCGUGAACGUCCUGACCAACGCGUUCUACAAUUUACUGAGCGACAGGCAGCAAACGUCGCCCAUCCGCGUCAAGACUCACCCGUUCCAGCAGACGUCCCAGCCCCAGGAGUUCAACAUCGGCAUAGCCAGCUCGUCCCUGUUCAUCGGCAUGGACCUCGUCCUCGUGCCCAUAACCCUCGCCGUCGACAUGGUCUAUGACCGCGAGAUCCGGGCGAAAAACCAACUGCGCGUCAACGGCCUCUCCUUCACCAUGUACUUCUUCACGUACUUUGUCGUGCUGCUCGGCCUCAUGAGCUUCAUAUGCGUCUGCAUCCUCGGCAUCAUAUUCCUCUUCGACGUGCCAUCCCUGCAGGAGAUACCGGCCCUCCUCACCCUCGGCGGCCUCAUCAUGCUCUACUGUCCGGCCUCCAUUUUCUUCUCCACCUGUCUCGCCUACAUGUUCGACAAGAUGGACUCGGCCCAGAGCUUCCUCCCCAACAUAGCCACCUUCUUCGGACUCAUACCCUUCCUCCUCGUCAUGAUACUCGACAUGCUCGGCGUCGGUGGCGUGGCCGCUUUCGCCCUACACGUGGUGUUCUCGCUGUGCAACACGAUGUACGUGCCGUACGCCGCGCUCUACUACAUCGACCGAGUCCACUUGAUGUGCUCGAUAAACACGACCUGCCACCACCUGAGCAUAUUCGACUACUUGACCUGGGAGAUCAUAGUGAUGGGGCUCGGGGUGAUGCUGCACUGCCCGCUCUGGUUCUUCGUGCUCAUGCUCCUCGACACGAAGAAGAGCGGGGGCAAGGUCAAGGAGUUCUUCAAGUACUUCAUGCGCAACGGUAGCUCAGUGGGGGAGGAGAUCAUGGAGAACAACGACGUGGGCGAGCACGAGGACUCGGACGUGAAGAACGAGAGGCAGAAGGUGUUCAACAUCAUGACCAGCUCCUCGGCCGGACAGGAGCCCCCGGUCGUAAUGGUCCAGAACCUGCGCAAGGAGUACCGCCAGGUGGAGAUGACGACGUGCAGCUGUUGCACCAAGCGCGAGGAACAACAACAGCCACCACCGACGAAGAAGAUAGCGGUGCGAAACUUGUCGUUGGCCGUGGAGCCGGGCGAGGUGCUCGGGCUGUUGGGGCACAACGGGGCGGGCAAGACCACGACCAUGAAGAUCAUCAUAGCCGAGGAGGCAGCGAGCCGGGGCAGGGUCCAGCUGGGCGGCCACAACAUCAACUCGCACAUGUCCGAGGCCUUCCGGCAGAUGGGCUAUUGUCCCCAACACGACGCCCAAUGGAAGAACAUCACGGUGCGCGAGCACCUACAGUGCUACGCUGCCAUACGGGGCGUGCCCUCCACCGAGAUCAACAGAAUCGUCGAUCUGUACCUGUCGGGCCUGCAAAUACACGAGCACGCCGACAAGCAGACGCAAGAGUGCUCGGGCGGCACGAGGAGGAAACUCAGCUUCGCCAUGGCCAUGAUAGGUGGGCCCAAGGUCGUGCUCAUGGACGAGCCGAGCACCGGCAUGGACCCGCGCUCCAAGAGGUUCCUCUGGGACACGAUACUCGCUAGCUUUCAGGGAGGUAGAGGCGCGAUCCUGACGACGCACUCGAUGGAGGAGGCGGACGCCUUGUGCUCGCGCGUCGGUAUAAUGGUGAAGGGCGAGCUGCGGUGCAUCGGCUCGACCCAGCACCUGAAGAACCUCUACGGGGCGGGUUAUACCCUGGAGAUGAAGCUCCUGGGUGGGGACUGCACCCCGACCACGCCGUCGGGUACUCGGGUCAAUUGCCUCAGGGAGUUCGUCACGGACAUGUUCGCGGCCGCGACCCUCGAGGAGAGCUUCGCCGACAGGCUCGUGUUCGCUGUGCCCCAGCACUCGGUGCAUUCGCUGGCCGAAUGCUUCACCAAGCUGGAAAAAGCCAAGCUGGAGUUGGACAUCGAGGAGUACAGUUUCAGCCAGACGACGCUGGAGCAGGUGUUUCUCAAGUUCUCGCACUACGACGAGCCGGACGCGGCGGACUGAGAGACGGAGCGCGACGCGGAUUGUGUUCAAGCCACGCAAGUCUAGAAUCAACUCCCACUACAUGUUAUACACGCAACUGUACGUGCACGGGAGAAUAUUGUAGCCGAGAGAGAAAGAAAAUACAGCGUCGCGCUGUUCCCGCCUAAUCCUGCGUUAUCCGGAUGUUCAACGAACACUCGAUCGUCAUCGGAAGAUCACUUUUAAAAUGGACAAUUAGUGCGCGCACGCGUGUGUAUGUGAGUGUGUUUGUGUACGUGUGAAGCAGUUCAGCGAACGAGAGGGACCAUGUAAUAUAAUAUACGCGUUACAUUGAACAAACGUCAUCCUGACUGUAUGCGUGAGGUUUGUGCGUAAAAAAAUUUGAAGAGGAACAUCGUUAACUAGUUACACCUAUGUAUACGUGUGUAAAUUUGCCAAGUGACGUUUUAUUUAAUUAUUUUUUUUCAUCGAUUAUAUGUUUACCCUAUAUUUCACAGUGAAAUGUGUUCCUCAAGCUUGACACGUGCCACAAAGUUCUUUUUUUUUUUUAACAAUUGGUAUAUAUACGUAUAAUUGUCGUACUAUGUAAAUACAUGAACAAUCAAUUGGACGCGCGAAGGAGAAGCGUAGUGUUAAGGGUACGUUGUUCUAUUUUGGAACAAAACGAUUUUUUAAUGAUCUGUUGCAAAAGCAAAUACAUGCGUCCUCCGACAAAGACGUAGGUGUAUAUGUAUAUACACGACUUAUAAAUAUCAAAAAAGUUGCUCUUUUUCAAACUACUGAAACGUCUUGGUUCAGCAGUGGCAAGUUGCACGCGUCGUCAACGAGAUAUCAGUAAUGUUACACGAUAGUUUUUUAAAUGUAAUAAAAGUAUAAUACUAAAAAAAAAGACGGUGAAAAGUUUACCAUGCACUUUACCCUUACGGUUGUCGUGCCUACAUAAUGUUAUUUAGUUAAUUUACAAUAAUGAUGAUGGAUCUUACGCGGUAUAGGUUCGUUGUGUUAUUUUUACAAACGGAAGCGAUGUACGUAUGGAAGUACAACUACAAUCCAAUAAGAUUUUUUUUUUUUUUUUAAUAAUAAA